AAUGGUGUGGCAUAAGCUCGAGGAGCGUCGUGACUCUGAAACCAGCCUUAUCAUUUACGCCGACAUGGAACGCACGGAGUUCUGGGACCUGACGCACCGGAGGUCUUCGCACCACACAGUGCCCUUGGACUUCCCAUUCAGAUCCCCCUCAGCACCAUCCCUCUUCUUGAAGCAUCGUUUAACUGGCCAAUGGCAUAUGAAGUAUCGGGACGACACUGAGAAACGUAUUAUCGCUGAGCUUGGCAACGUGUUCUCAGCAUCCGUGGAGACCCUCGUCAUUCGUGGUAUGGCGAAUCAGGUCGGCCUCGAGACCUGGGUUCGCAUGCUGGCUGCGUUCCCAAACGUCAAGUCGCUCGAGAUCAUGGGAGGAACGCCAUGCGACUUCCCUCCUGCAUUCGAGCCAACACAGACGGGGACCCCCUGCGCAUGCCUGCGCGAGCUUGAUCUGCGGUAUAGGCUGUAUCGGCCGCGGGACAUACAUGACGUCGAGGAUAUGCUCCAGGAGCUCCGUGCGGCACUACAGAAGCGCAUCGAGGUUGAUGGUGGGUUACGUCUGGAAUCCCUCAGUCUUCUACUGGAGCGCACGGACAACGCCAAACCAUUCCCGUCUACGUCUGUCAUUGACAAACUGCCAGCCGGCUUCAGGGACACACUAAGAGGGUUGGAAACCGUGGUAGGGGUGUUAGUAUUUAGGUGCGUUGCGGUUGAACGCGAAGAGAGCCUAUGGCAGAGAAGGAGAAGAAAGUGAGGAAGACGAGGAGGAGGAAAAGACCCGAGGGGGCUACGUAGCCUGAUAGCGCAGAAUUCACAAUGUAUUAGUAUGCAGUCGUAGUUGAAGAGCAGUCGUCGAGGAUCUCUACAAUGUCUCGUCUACAAUAAACCGGUCGAAGUACAAUCGC